GGAUCUUGGGACGUAACACUAUGUAAAAAUAUCUUUAUCUGCCAUUUCUGAAAUCGUCGUUCCACUGUUCACGUGAGAAUAAACGCGACAAGAGAGGACAAACUAUUCUUGAAAAAUAUUGUAUAUUUAAAUAUAUCAGUAGAAAAGAAAGAAAAUCAGAGGAGAAAUGAGUAUUACUGAUCAACAUCAGCACCAGCAAGAGAUUGAAAUGGAGAAAACAGCCAAAAAACGUCAAGCCAACGAUGAUUGCAUGAUGGAGGUAGAGAUAGUUAAUGGAAUAAAGGGAAAAGUAAAACAGCAUUCAGUUAAAAAGAAAGCCAAGAACGUGCAAGGUGGAGAACAAAGAAAGAUAUCAGUACCAGCACACAGAUAUUCGCCUUUGAAGGAAAACUGGAUAAAAAUAUUUACUCCUAUCACUGAACAUUUGAAAUUGCAAGUACGUUUCAAUGUGAAGACUAGAAAUGUAGAAAUUAGAACGGCACCAGAAACACCGGAUAUUUCGUACCUUCAAAAAGCGGCAGACUUCGUAAAAGCAUUCAUCUGUGGAUUCGAAGUGGAGGACGCUUUGGCUUUGUUACGUCUGGAUGAUCUCUUUGUAGAAUCUUUCGAGAUACAAGACGUCAGACAACAAAUGAAAGGGGAUCACCAGUCUAGGGCAAUUGGAAGAUUAGCGGGUAAAGGUGGAAGAACGAAGUUUACCAUUGAGAAUGUAACGAAAACUAGGAUUGUGAUAGCCAAUACCAAGAUACACAUUCUUGGUUCUUACCAGAACAUACAACUAGCUCGUAGGGCGAUAUGUAAUUUAAUCUUAGGCAGUCCUCCUUCCAAGGUUUAUGGACAAUUAAGAAAUAUAGCUAGCAAGAUAUCAGAACGAUUCUAAAUAGAAUACACAUAUUCUAUUUGUACAU